UCCUUUUCGGCGCCGCGCAUGCUCACUGUGUCAUCCACCUUUAAAAACGUCAACAAACACAAACCUCACCUCGUGCUCAAGCUGAGUUCUCUCCCGUCUCCGGUAUGAUCGUGUAUGUCCGCUUUAAUGCCAGUCAUCCGGUGGAGGUGGAAGUGGAAGAGGGAACAAGUGUAUCAGAGCUGAAGGAGACGGUGGGCCGGCUGCAGGGCGUUCAGCCUGAUCAACUACGGGUCAUUUUUGCUGGGAGAGAGCUCUGUAGCGAUUCCACCCUAAAGGCUUAUGAUCUGCCAGAACAGAGCACGGUACAUGUGGUGCUGCCUCCAGCUGGUUCAGCACGUCGCUCGGAGCUGGUUUUGCAGCGCAGGCUGAGCAGAGGAGUAGACAGUCUGACCCGACUGGACCUCAGCGCCUCACGAUUGCCUACCACCUCCACUGGUCUUGCUGUCAUCCUGGAGAAUGAGGACUCACACACACAAACAGAACCCAAACCCCACAGCACUUUCUAUGUGUUCUGUAAGACGGUGUGCAAGUCUAUUCAGCCAGGAAAACUCCGCGUGCGUUGCCGAACCUGCAAGCAAGGAACCCUCACACUCAGCCGGGGACCCUCAUGUUGGGAUGACGUGCUUGUCCCAGAUAGGAUUCAUGGUGUGUGCCAGUCGGAGGACUGCGAUGGCCGAGUGGCGGAGUUUUAUUGGAAGUGUGCUGCCCAUCCCACUUGUGAUGAUGACACAUCGGUGGCACUGGACUUGAUCAUGACCAAUGUGCGCAAUGUCCCCUGCAUUGCCUGCACUGACGUUGUGAGUCCUGUUCUUGUGGCUCAGUGUACUGAGCGUCAUGUGAUCUGCCUGGAUUGUUUCCACAUGUACUGUAUGACCCGUCUGAAUGAACGACAGUUCAUCCAUGACCCUGUGGUGGGCUACUCACUCCCCUGUGCUGCUGGAUGCUCUGACUCUCUCAUUAAAGAGUUGCAUCAUUUCCGGGUCCUGGGAGAUGAGCAGUAUGAACGGUACCAGCGCUAUGCGGCGGAGGAGUGUUUGCUGCAGAUGGGGGGAGUUCUUUGCCCUGCUCCAGGCUGCGGGGCGGGUCUCUCCCUCGAGGAUGAACGCAGGAGGGUGCAGUGCGAACUGAAAGAUGGCCUCGGAUGCGGGUUUGUGUUCUGCCGGGACUGUAAGGAGAGGUACCAUGAUGGCGAGUGUACACAGCAGUCUACCCCUGCAACAGGAGGUCCCAUGCAGGGUUAUGUGGUAGAUGAAGAUGCUGCCCUGCGGGCCCGCUGGGAACAAGCUUCUCAGGAUAUUAUAAAGGAGACAACACGGCCCUGUCCCAAAUGCAGAGUCCCUGUGGAGAAGAACGGUGGCUGCAUGCACAUGGUGUGUCCUCGUGCACAGUGCAAGUUCCAGUGGUGCUGGCUGUGCCGUGUGGAGUGGAAUAGAGAUUGUAUGGGCAACCACUGGUUUGGAUGAGCUGCAUAUUCUUAAAACUUGCACAUACUCAGGGAAGCGUGUCUGUAGGGAAAUAUUUGCACUGUAGGCCACCAGCUGCAAUAUUCACAGAAAAUCAGUGUAGAAUCAGUAUGAGCGUUAUGACAUGCAAAUGUGAAUACCAUCCAGGAACUUAACACGUGUGUAUGUAAAUAGAAGCCUGAUUGUCAGUCAUAUUUGGUUUGACAGUUUUGCAGACUGUAUCCUAUUAAAUCUUAUUAAAAUCUUUAAAUUAAA